AUGACUUCUUUCAGUUGUUAAAGGCAUCUCGGACUGGAAAUUUAUUAGUAUAGGUAAAGUAGAUGAAAGUAAAAUGGGCUUAUGUUGUAAGCAACUCUGCCUCUGCAGGUUGGUAUUCUACUUCGUGCAUAUGGUUACUCAUGGGAUACAACAAUUUUUGUGUCUGGGGGAGAGGUCUUUGGUGGCCAGAAGAAUUUGAUUCCACUACAUGCUAUGUUUGAAAAUGUUGUUGACAGGACCUCCCUAAGCACACCAUGGGAGCUAAAUAAAAUAUAUGGUCGUGAGAGUAUCCUUAUUGACAAACAUCCAAGAACUCUGCCUUCUGUUAAGGAAGAACAGAAACAGAAACAUGACGCAUGGAAAACUAAAGGCCCACGUCCUCGCCCCCUUCCACCACCACCCGCACGGCCCAAAUACCCAUAUAAUAUUGAAGGCUGGUGGGGUUGGGUAGCUGAGAGUGACAAUGAGCCUGAGAGUACAGUUAUGGAGUUGAGGACUAACGCCCACAAACUAUUAUGGGAAGCUAUUGACUACGCAAUCUGUGUGGAAGCUGACGUGUUCAUCGCUGGAUUUGAUCAUGAUGGUAAAGGACAUCCAAAUUUUGCAGGCUUGGUAAUGGGGCACAGACUCUAUCAGUCGGCUGCAUCUAAAACAUACAGACCAGACAGAAAAGAAGUUGUGAAGCUUUUGGAAGAGAUACGAGACCACCUUUAUCAAGCCAACCAUACAUGGAUUAGAUCAGUACGCAGGCAUCUGCGAAGAACCUUACUUGAUGGACUAACAGAAGAUUCCGUGCGAUCAAAGCCACUAUCUUUUCUCUCUUUCCCAGUUCCUGAAUGUUCUUGUAUGAGGCAUGACACUGCUGAAACAUCAUUCCAUGCUUCAAGUCCUUCGGCUCACUCACAACUCCAACUUGCUAUCGGAGUUAUGAACCAUUGCCCUUCUUGGAUGGACAGUGAUGUGAUAUCCCGACCAAGAGACAAGGACAGUGAAGAAGAUCUUGACGAGGAUGAUUCUGCUUCAUCUGGCUUGUUAUUUGGGCAGACUGGAAAAUAUGAAAGUGGAGGUGGAGAUAUAAACAACAAAGAGGAAGCUCCAAUGGAGGAUCAAGAAGAAAUGGAGGGCGGAGAAAGAUGAUGUGAGGCUGAAUUAGAUUGCCAUACGAUAUCUCUUUGGGCGCCCUUAAGCAGAACCGGCCUUUGCUUGUUAGUCAUGUACAUAUGACGUAAGUUACUGAUUUCAGAGAGGUCACUAAUUGUUUAGGAUUCAGUUUUGUUCUAUAGCUAGUCACAGUCAGUAGUUUAAUUGUAGCCCUUCUUGGGAAUAUAGUCCUUCCUGUGAAGCAGUUUUGAUUCAGCCCAAUAUAUAUUUUUGUAGAAUACUGUUCUAGGAAGCAUUCUUACUCUGCCUCAAAUUGAUGUAACAGAGACCCCCAAAAAAAGAAGGUUAUUUGUCUGAUCCACCUGAUUGAAUGAGCAAUAUGUGAUCUUCAAUCAAUUGAACAAGUGAAAGAAAACACUGGGUUUUGUAGUUUGUGAUUGUUAUGAACAAAGAC